GGUCCCCGUUCCCUGGGACUCUCAGCCUUCACAGAGGCCAACUUCAGGUCCGCCACUAUCCCAGGAUUCCCGACUCCCGGUUUCCUGCCCAUCUCCCCUCCCAACUCCCGGCGCCACCGGGAGCGGCAAGAUGGCGGACGGUGACGGCUUAGGUGAAGCAGCGACUGCUGCGGCGUCUUCUCCUGCCCCUGCUCCUGGCCUGAGCCCGCCGCUGGGCUGGAGGGAGCGGCUGCGGGCCGGGCUGGCGGGCACUGGGGCCUCGCUGUGGUUCGUGGCGGGGCUGGGGCUGCUUUACGCUCUGAGGGUCCCGCUGAGGCUGUGUGAGAAUUUGGCAGCGGUGACAGUAUUUUUAAAUUCAUUGACGCCCAAAUUCUAUGUGGCACUUACAGGGACAUCUUCUUUGAUAUCAGGACUAAUAUUUAUAUUUGAAUGGUGGUACUUCCAUAAGCAUGGCACAUCUUUUAUUGAGCAAGUAUCUGUAAGCCAUUUGCGACCACUGAUGGGAGGAACAGAAGGCAGCAUUUCAGAGCCAGGUUCUCCUUCCAGCAGCAGAGAAAGUGAAACCAGCAGACAGAAUUUGUCAGAAUGCAAGGUAUGGAGAAAUCCUCUAAAUCUUUUCAGAGGAGCAGAAUAUAGGAGAUACACUUGGGUGACUGGUAAAGAGCCACUUACAUACUAUGACAUGAAUUUGUCAGCUCAGGACCAUCAGACCUUUUUCACCUGUGACACAGACUUUUUACGUCCUUCAGACACAGUUAUGCAGAAGGCAUGGAGGGAAAGAAAUCCUCCAGCUCGAAUCAAAGCAGCCUAUCAAGCUUUAGAAUUAAACAAUGACUGUGCUACUGCAUAUGUUCUACUGGCUGAGGAAGAAGCAACAACUAUUGUAGAUGCUGAAAGGUUAUUUAAACAGGCACUCAAGGCAGGAGAAACAAUUUACAGGCGGUCACAACAGUGCCAGCACCAAAGUCCUCAGCAUGAAGCUCAACUGAGGAGAGAUACCAAUGUACUAGUGUAUAUUAAAAGAAGACUGGCAAUGUGUGCAAGAAAAUUAGGAAGAAUAAGAGAAGCAGUAAAAAUAAUGAGAGAUUUGAUGAAAGAAUUUCCUCCUCUUACCAUGUUGAACAUCCAUGAAAAUCUCCUAGAAUCACUUUUAGAAUUGCAGGCCUAUGCAGAUGUCCAAGCAGUUCUAGCAAAAUAUGAUGAUAUAAGCCUUCCAAAGUCAGCAGCCAUCUGUUAUACAGCAGCACUAUUGAAGACAAGGACUGUUUCAGAUAAAUUCUCUCCAGAAACAGCCUCCAGAAGAGGGUUAAGCACAGCAGAAAUUAAUGCUGUGGAAGCAAUUCAUAGAGCUGUGGAAUUUAAUCCUCAUGUUCCAAAAUAUUUACUAGAGAUGAAAAGUCUCAUUUUACCUCCAGAACACAUUCUGAAACGGGGCGAUAGUGAAGCAAUUGCCUAUGCUUUCUUUCAUCUUCAGCACUGGAAGCGAAUAGAAGGUGCUCUUAAUCUGUUACAGUGUACAUGGGAAGGCACUUUUAGAAUGAUUCCAUACCCACUAGAGAAAGGCCAUCUAUUUUAUCCUUAUCCCAGCUGCACAGAGACUGCUGAUAGAGAGCUAUUACCUCCGUUUCAUCAUGUUUCUGUUUACCCAAAGAAGGAGCUUCCUUUUUUCAUCCAUUUCACAGCAGGACUGUGUUCUUCUACAGCAAUGAUAGCUCUUCUCACACACCAGUUUCCUGAAAUCAUGGGUGUUUUUGCUAAAGCUAAGCAUUGGAGGACAGACUAUGAUCUUCCAAUGUAAUAGAUGAGGAAGUUUGAGCCGUUAAAGGUGCCUUGGUGUUUACUGACAUAGAUCAAGAUGCUGUGUGGCUCUAUAGGGGACUCUGAGCCAUUUGACAGUCUGGGCACAAGCAGUCACCUCACAUUAUUUAAGCCCUGAUCUCAGCAUUCUAAUUUCUCUGUAUUCUCCAGUGUAUAUAAUAUGUACUUGCUUGAAAUUCCUUAUAUAUUGCUUGCACAUUCUUGCUUCUAAGUUUCAGCAUAAACCAGUUCCUUCUAUUUAGAAUGCCUUCCUCUGUCCGCUCUCAACCAGGACAUUCCUUAUCUUUUAAAAAUCCAGUUCAAAAGCCACCUCCUAUAGAAAGCCUGAUUAAUCUCAUUCACCUGAUUCCUUUAUUCUGAGACUUCUGUUUCUCAGUGUUAAACUGUUUUGUCUCUUUGUAAUUAUUGCUUCUGUACAUUGUCACCCAGCAAACAUAACAGUUCUAGGAAUGAUGAUCCUCCUGCAUCCCCAUCUUUGUGUGUUACACACAAACAUUUUGAAGGCCUACUGACAACCUUUUCAAUUUCCCCUGAGUUCUCAUCCACCUUCCAUACCCUUUCCCUUUAUUCGUAGUUACAUUCCCGGAGAAACGGGGCAUGUGUUCAGGGUUUGGCCUCCACCUUAGCAUGUGUAUGGCAGCCUGCUGAAUAGGUCCCUACAAUUGGGCAGGAUUUAACCCUUUGGUUUGACAGUCUCUGCAUUCUAUUCAGACACCUUCAAGAAGUAGACAUGAGACCAGGAGUAGAGAAAUUUCCACUGAAAGCUCAGUUAGCUUUUUAUACAAGACCUCUGAAGCUGCUGUCGUCAGCAGCUCACUCGACACUCUCCUGCUCUGCCUCUUUUCCAGGAGUCAGGGUUAGUUUAAGAAAAAGCCUCUUGCUAGAAGCCAUGACCUCGUACUUUUAUCCCCUCCAUCUGGUGUGCGGCCUCAUGGGGCUGUGCUGCUAUGCAGGAGGUGAGCAGUGGAAUUCUUUAGAUGAUGACUUCUGAGCCCACAUGCGGAGGCAGUGGGGGUGGGAAGCAAGGAGAACAGUGAGAGCCAAGAUCGAUGGACCAAAAAGUAAGGUUUGUUCUGGGAGAAAUCCUAACUAUAGGUAGACUGUUUUCAUGAGGUGUUCUUCCCCUAGCUCAAAUGGGGGCUCAGGUCAGGGAGCUGUAGCAUCCCAGAUCUAUGAUUGAUGAACAUGGUGUUCCUGCAGUUUUCCUUUCUGCCUUCACAGUUGGGGUUCAGGAGUGGGAUAGGUAGGAUAUGUGAGGGCUUAUGCUGUCUCUAAUGGAAUGCAUUCCAGGGUUGAACAGGGAAGGGUUCCCCUUACACACAUCAUCUCUUGGAGCUGCUUUGUCUCACUGUCUCGGACCUAAACAGAAGUCCAGAUUUUGAAUGAGGGUGGGAGGAGGGGUUGAGAGCAGCAAAAGUUUUUGAUCAAGUGAAAAUCUGCUGUCUGCCUCAUCUUGCACGGGUUUCUCUGCAGGGUAGAUACUCCUUGCCUUGGUGUAGAUAAAUAGCUUGUCUUGGCUAGAGGUCCCAGGACUUUUACUAGGCUGUGAGUAGGCAUCUGGCCUGGGAUAGGACAGUUUUUUUUUAAGCGCUCUCAUUCCCUGUUCUUACUUUCCUAGCCGAGGAGUUGACAGCAUUUUUAAAAAGAUUGAACUCUCAAAGGAAAUUCUGAUACAUACUUUAAAAGCCCAAAGCUUUAAUAACUUCCUAUCAUGGCUUCUCAUGACUACUUCUGCUCUGUCUACACAUUUAGCAUCCCUUUAAAAGGACUAGAUAAAAAUAAAACAAAAAUUUAACUGUUAAUCUGAAAAAGAGAAAAGGAAUAGAAAGAAUUAGGAGCCAGAGCUGAUUAAACACGGACCACUAAAUGUAGUAUAGUGAUCGUUUGGUGGUGGUGGUAUUAGUGGCAGAAAUGGCAAAAAGGGGGUGCAUUGAUGAGGUUAAGGAAGGCCUAAGCUGUUCCUUUUGUAAAUUCUGUUCAUGUAUACUCUCCUAGGAUAUUUUGUAUCAA